GUUUAUCAAAACUGCACGUGCGUGUUUUUAGUUGAAUUGAAUUGUUCUAUUUUAAAUUGUUUGCUAGAAAAUUGAGAUUAACAUGAAGCAGAAACACUCGAAAAAUAAAGUAAAGCCAUACCGGCAGGUGGCCCCCGUUCGCAAGAAUGAGAAAUUUUCGAAAAACUAUAGCUACAUUCAGAGAAGCAAGCAAAUGGAGGAAUCGCACAGAAAGGAACGACCGGCCCUGACAGGGAGAUUUGAGCCUGAAGCAGAUCUGCUGCCCGAAUUACAAGACGAAUUACAUGACGAAACUGGAUUCUAUGAGCAGCUGGUAAAUGGAUACAACAACGUACAAACAAGCCGAUUUCUCAGCGCAAGCGAGAACGACGGGACCUCGGAGCCUACACCAGUAAAAUCCAUUGAGAAACAGAGAAAAACUCCUGUCCAAUCGAAUGAUGACUUUGAUUCGUACAAUUCAUUUUCGAAACGAUUUGAUUAUGACCUUUCUGCAGACAAUGUCAACGAUUUGAUUUCGCGGACGGAUGCCACAAUGAUCAAGAGCAGUUGGCCGGCAGUGGGAAAUUUAAAGUUUGAAAUACCACGGCUAGACGCGAAUACACACAAUCCCGACUGCAGUCCACCGAGUGGCAUUUCGGACUCUUCUGAUCUCCAAAAGUUGGAGGUCAAAAUGUCCAUAAGCGCAAAGGUUGCGUUACCCCUUUCUUCGCUACAGUCUGAACUCUUUCACAUUGCGAAUAACUAUCAGGACCUAUACUAUCCCCACCGAACACACAGCAAUGCCGAAGAGAUCCGGUACAUGUACUGCCUGCAUGCGCUAAACCACAUGCUAAAGGUCAGAUCACUGAUUCUGCGUAAUAAUGAGAAAGUGGCGGCACUGGCCAAAUCACUAAAGUUGUCACCGAAUGAAAUUUCUAUUCCGGAGACAUUCAGAGACCAAGGACUGAAGCGGAUGAAGGUGCUCUUUAUAGUGCCCUUCAGGGAGUCGGCUUUGAAGAUAGUUAAGGUUAUCGGAGACUUACUAUUUGGAAGUCAAGACGAUCAAACCAGGAAAAAUUCAAUGGCAAAUUAUGAGCGGUUCCUUCAAGAUUACUCGGGAAAUACGAUAUAUUUCCCGAAAACGAACCCAAAACCAUUUGACUAUGAGCAAACAUUCAGUGGAAACACAGAUGACAACUUUAAAAUUGGAAUGCGUUUCACAAAGAAAGCCGUUUCGCUUUUUUCUGAUAUGAACUCCUCAGACAUACUGAUCGCUUCCCCGCUAGGACUCCGAAUGCUUGUUACGGACAAGGACAAUGACUUUGACUUCUUAAACUCAAUUGAAUUACUUAUAAUCGACCAGGCGGAACUUUUCCUAGCGCAGAACUGGGAGAAUCUACUUCACUCGCUGGACCACCUUCAUCUGCAACCGCAGAAACUGCCGGACACAAAUUGCCAACGGGUUCGGACUUGGUGUCUGAGCGGAGCUUCUAGCUUCUACCGUCAAACCUUAUUUUUCUCAUCCCACGAGCUUCCAGAAUUUCGGGCCGUGCUCAACAGCAAAUGCCAAAACUACCAAGGCAAAGUGCGGGUCACAAAUCUAGUGGAACAAGGCGAUAUCCGGAAUGUCAUCACGCCAAUUCAACAAGUUUUCCGGCGAAUUAACUGCUCCAAUGUGGAGUCAACAUUCGAUGAUCGCUUUCAGCAUUUUGUCAAGCACAUAAUGCCCCAAUUUAGUAAACCCGGCUUUUCGCAUUGUAUGCUGUACGUGCCCAGCUACUUCGACUUCGUACGUAUACGCAAUCAGUUCAAAACUGAUAUGAUUAGUUUUGUUCAGAUAAGCGAAUACACCAAGAAGGAAAAAAUUUCCCGGGCGAGAGACAUAUUCUUCCACAGCGGAGCGUCUGUUCUGCUUUAUUCGGAAAGGGCGCACUUCUUCCGACGCACCCGAAUCAAGGGUAUCCGAAAUUUAAUUAUGUACCAACCGCCAAACUUUCCGCACUUUUACUCAGAGCUAAUCAAUUUGAUGCUCGAAUCCAACCAGAACCCGCGAGACGGCUUUGGAGAUGAAAUGAGUGUUAAUAUACUCUAUACAAAGUAUGACCUUCUUAGUUUGAGCAACAUCGUUGGAAGCGAAAAUGCGCUUAAAUUGACCACGGGAAAAAAAGAUUCCUACCUCUUUUCGACCAAGACAUAAAUAGCCCACAAUGCAGACCUUACAGUGAACGUGUGUACAUAUUUUUUAAUGAAAAUAUACAUAUGUGUCAUUGCAAAACGAAAAUUAUUAUUUAUUGAAAUAAUGGCACACUGCAUUAAAUAUAUUUAUAGGCGGAAAUGCAUUUUCGCGGGGAAGGACAUUUCGCCAAGACUGCUUUUAUUUGUCGGAGUUACAUACACCUUUGCUAGUUUAUUUUCUAAGCAAACUGCAAAUGCAAUUGUUACAUAACAAAAUUGUAAUCUUUUGAGUCAAAGAAUACAAAAUAAAUUUUAUAUAAUAUCAGAAUUUCUAA